GGGGAGGAGAAAACGGUUUUAAAAGGCUCAACUGAAUUGAGGACUUGAAACUGUUGGGAUGGCUGGACUCAAGGCGCUAUGGGUGGCGGUGCUACUGCUGGUGGUGCAUGAGGUGUCCUCACAGCUAAAUGUGUGUGGUCGGGCUCCACUCAACACCAGGAUCGUUGGAGGAGUGGAUGCUGCUCCGGGCACCUGGCCCUGGCAGGCCAGUUUGCACACGUCUGGCCCCUUCUGUGGGGGGUCUCUGAUCAACAAUCUGUGGGUGCUGACCGCUGCCCACUGCUUCCCCACAACUGACACGACAGGUUUCACGGUCUUCCUGGGCCGUCAGGACCAGGCGGGCAGCAACCCCAACGAGCAGUCCCGGACCAUCUCCAGGAUUGUCUGUCACCCCGAUUACAGUGGGUCCAACAACGACAACGACAUCUGCCUGCUGGAGCUCUCCUCGGCUGUCACCUUCACAGACUACAUCGCGCCCGUCUGCCUGGCCGCGGACGGAAGCACUUUCAACAGCGGCAUCAUCAACUGGGUCACUGGCUGGGGCACCACCUCGUCUGGAGGUUCAGCCGCGGACAUCCUCCAGGAAGUGGACCUGCCCAUAGUGGGCAACAGGGAGUGUAACUGCAGCUAUGGCCUAAUCACCAACAACAUGAUCUGCGCUGGAUUGUCGGCUGGAGGGAAGGACUCGUGUCAGGGUGACUCUGGUGGUCCUCUUGUAGUCAAACAGGGUGUGCAGUGGGUCCAGUCGGGAGUGGUGAGCUUUGGUCAAGGAUGUGCCUUGCCCAACUUCCCUGGAGUAUACGCCAGAGUAUCCGAAUAUCAGGCUUGGAUCAACGGUAUCAUCACCACCAACCAGCCCGGCUUCGUUGACUUCCGAUCCGCGGGAAUCAACAGCGACGCCACCUUCAACUGUGGCGACCCUCCAUCCGGCCCAGUCACCGCCUCACCGACCGCCCCCGCACCGUUGACGUGCGGCAGCGCCCCCAUGAACACCCGCGACAGCAGGGGGCUGGUGCAGUCCGCCGGUGUGUGGCCCUGGAUCGCUAGCCUGCAGGUCAACGGCACGCACAUGUGCGGCGGCACCCUGGUGACUGCGGAUGCCGUCCUGAGCGACGCCUCGUGCUUCACCAUGUACCCCAAUGCCUCCUAUUGGACGGUUGAGUUGGGCCGCCGGAAUCUGAACGGCCCCAACUCCUUCAACAUCACCCUGGGGGUGAAAUCCAUCACCCUCAGCAAUCUCACCGGAGACAACAUCGCCGUGCUCAUGCUGUCCAGUGCACCGAGGCUCUCGGACUACAUCCAGCCCAUCUGUCUGGACCAGGGGAUGGGCAGCUUCCUGAACAACACUUACUGUUGGAUGGCAGGCUGGGGCAUGGGCCAGGGAGGCGCCCAAGAAACCCUGCAGGAGUUCAACACCACGGUGGUGGGUUGUAGCAACACGUCAUCCAGUGACUACAUCUGCACCGAAGCGCUGACUGUGAGAAUGGGUGACGCCGGCGGCCCCCUGAUGUGCAAGAGCGGCAACUCUUGGACCCAAGUGGCCGGGCUUCCCUACGUCAUGGGCAACAGCAGCAUGGUGCGCUCAGAGAGAGCCGCCGACCAGUCCACGUUCACCUCCACAACGCGAUUUGUUGGCUUCCUGAGGGAAACUCUGGGGAGCCUGCCGUCCCCCGCCAACGUCACCACAACCUCCGCCCCCACCACCACCGGAGGGAAGUAUGUGAUCAUGUAA